CUUACAUAUAUGUGCUUGUGAAGGUAAUAUGCGACUAUGUAAAUGGCUUGUUGAGGAUUGCAAAGUUAAUGUAAAUGUAGUCGAUAGUUUUGGUGGUACGCCAUUAUUCGACGCCUUUUGGCAUGGACACUUUGAUUUACUUCAAUUUCUCUAUACGCAUGGUGCUCGAAUGCCAGCAUGUAAAGAAAAAGAAUUAGCAUUUUAUCUCAAUGCAUUUGUUUAUGAAGGUAAUUUGGAAGCAAUACAAUGUUUAAUUACAUGUGGAUUCGAUCCAAAUAUCGGCGAUUAUAAUGGUCGAAAUGCUCUACACUUAGCAGUAAUCACUAAUCAAUUUAAUAUUGUUCGUUAUCUAGUUGAAGAAACAUGUGCUCGUUUAGAUGUAGCCGAUUGUUUUCAACAAACACCAAUAGAAUAUGCAUCACAUUUACCGAAUUUGCUUAUUGCUGAUUAUUUGUCACACGAACGAGAUAAUUCUAUUCCUGUGAAAAUGCCGACGGAAAAAUUAAUGCAUCUUGAAACAGUCGUGAUAAGCGGUUCAGAUAAUAAGAAACAAAACAAAGAAGAAGAAGAAGAAGAAAAAACGUUUUCAAUGAGCUUGCAAGAAAGUCUAUUACCCGCUCUUUUCUCUAUGAAUACAGUUCACGAUGAUAUUAAAACAAUAUCCAAUUUUCUCGAACAAUUUCCUCAUCUCAACGUACUCGAAUGCGUGGACUAUGAUUUUCGUUCUGUAGCACAUGUUGCUGCUGUCAAAGGUCAACUUGAAAAUAUUCGAUUUUUUUCUCAACAUUGUGACAGUUCUCAUUUCAAGUGGAUUAUGAAUCGUGAAGAUCGAUGGGGCAUAUCACCCAUAGAUGAAGCUUGCCGUCGUGGACAUUCUAGUAUCUGUAGUUUCGUCAACGAACAUUUAGUUUCUCAGAAUGAUACAACACAUAGAGAAAUGCCACAGCUACCAGAAUCAAAGUUUGAGAACAAUAUUAUCGUUCGUCUGUUACGAAAAUGGAAAAAAGUAUUUCGUUUUUCUAUAUUGGCCGCUUGGGGUGUAGCUGAACAGAUCGAUGGACUUUUUACACGUGGCUACUUUAAUAGCACAGAAAUCUAUGCCGAUUAUGAUGGUCGCACACCAAUGCAUUCGGCUGUGGCCAAUGGACAUAUGAAUGUGGUUAAAGUACUUCUUCGAUAUGGAUAUGAUGGCACAACAUACAAAGAUCGUUGGGGUAAUUAUCCUAUUGAUGAAGCACGACGAAAUCAAUUCUAUGAGAUUGUUGAUGAACUAGAGCAACCUAGGGUGGGUCAAAAUUUUCGAGAGUGUGAUCAUGUUCGAUGGAGUGGUGCACCGUCUCUUAUAUUGAAUAUUCCAAUGUUAUUCUUUUGCUUAUUUUUUCAUCCUAUGAUUCAAAUAUUAUUCUAUUGUUCAUGUGAUCAACCAUUACAUAUUUGGAAUAUUGAACAACAUAUACAAUCAAUUGAUCAACCAAUACCAAUUAAUAUAAAUGACGAUGAAGAAGAAACAAGUGGUAAUAGUGGAAAUAAAAAACGACAUCAUAAACCAAGACCAAAUUGA